UCAAAAAAGCCAUUGAUUGGACUGUAUCACCAACUCAGCCCUCCCGCAGUUAUCCUUUUCCAUAACCGAAUUUUACCCCUAAUAUUCCCUCACACAACAUAAAAUUACAGUACAGGAGUGCAACAUUUAUACUAUAAUACCCGUUGGAAAUUAGUUAAACAUCGUCAUCUCCCUUUUUUUUUGCUGCCGUCACCUUUAAAGAGCGACGUCGUCCAAAAAAAAAAAACCGAUGUCGUCCAACCUUGAAUAAAAAAAACGACGACACGCGAUUUCUAUCAUAUUUAAUAUUAAUCUUUUUCAAAAGGGAUUUUUUAUACACAACCUUUUUAACAAGAGAAUUUUUGUGGUAACAACGCCACAUUUACUUUUUAUAUAUCAACCUUAAGCUCAUCUGACAAACAUUUAAAAAGUUAAAAAGAUGCCACAGGAAUUACAGUCAACAAACCAACAAAGUCAGACUACUACUGUUGAAGAAGUCAAACCUACGACAACAGUUACAGCAAGUAAAAAUAAAUUAGAGCAAAAAUUUAAUAAAAAUGACGACACUUCUAAAUCACUCAAGAGAACUGCUCCUGUUGACGUUUCUAGUCAAGGUGACGCCAAACGUAAAGCUACUCAAGGAUCAAAAAAAUCAUCAGAAAAACAAAUCGACAAUGCUAAUUUAAAAACUACCGAUCCUACUGCCAUUGCGGCAAAUGCCGCAGCUAUUUUAUCAAGUGUACCUUCUUCUGUGGCCCAAAAUGUAGUAGUUGCACCCCUAAUCCCGAACCAACAAACCGCAAUUAAUGAUCUUUCCCCCACGCUUCAUUCUAACAUGGAAGAAUUUUUGAACAAUGCCGCAGCAAAUGCUCAGGCACCGACACCACAGCCUCAGGAUAAUUCUGGUAAUAAACGUGCCGUUAGUACUCGCAACCUUACCAAUGAUGAACGCCGACAACGUAGACUUUUGCGUAAUCGAGUUGCUGCUAAAGAAUGCCGACGAAAGAAAAAAGCGUAUGUUGCUGACCUUGAAGAAAAGGUUACUCGUCUAGAAGAUGAAAACAGUCGACUUAACAAAGAAAUUGAUGAAUUGAACACCAAGUUAAGCUUAAAUGUUAUGAAGCUUGAAGAAAAUGCACGUCUACAUAAAGAAAUUGAGGAGUUAAAGACAAAGUUGAACACAACACAACAAGAUGCAAAGAAAGAAACCAGGUCAAAAACCAAUGAUGAGAUUGAACCGGUUAAACAAGAAUUAAAUGCAAAAUCUUGAUUAGUCAUCUUAAUAGAUUAAAAAUUUUUUUUUUUCUUUUAAGGAAAAAAAAAAGUUUUUUUUUUUUUUGAUUCUUUCUCUUUUUUUAUUUUAAUCGUUAUUAUUGGGGUUCGUAUAUUUUUCUUUUUUUUUUCAAUACAUACCCCCUUUUAAAAAGUUUAUUAAACACAGCAUCAUCCACGAACAUUAAUUGAAUAAUCUUGGUGACGGAUAAUUUGGUGGGGAUAAUUUGAUGGAUUAAAAAAAAAAAAAUUAUAUAUGGGAAUGAUAAAUUAUAAGAGAAUAAGAGUGAACAAAAAUUAUUUAAUAUGAUUCAUCAAUUGAUUGGAAUUAGUUCAACCUGUCCACUCUAUUUUUCUCUUUUAUUUUUAUUUUAAAACAAAAUUUUAAAAAAUUUAAAAUUGGGUU